GCUCAUAAUAGGUAAUCGAGUUGGCUCUAGCCACAAUGUUGAGAGUUGAGACAUCUCAUGAGCACUAAAAGAGUCAACUCACGAGCUGAGCUCAACAAGUCACCGAGUCGAGCUAGCUCGCGAGCUCCACGAGCUGCAGAAGGCUAAGCUCAAGCUCAACUAAUUAGUAAACGAGCAGAGUUUCAAACGAGUUUUUCCCGAGUCGAGCGUCAAGCCGCUCGCGAGCAGCUCGACUCAUUUGCAGCCCUAAAUAUACUCGACCUUUCAACUAUUUGGACUUAAUUACUUGUUCUAUUAUCACUAUUUUUCAUUAAUAAAGUGUUUUUUUCCUUCGUUUUAUCAUAAAAGGUAAAAUUUUAUGUAUAUUUUUCGCAUAACAUGACGUGUGGAUCGACCACCCCUAUCCAUAUCCGCAUGGGUAUUACCCCGAUCCAUAGUAGCGUGGGGCUAGAGUGAGACAUGAGUAUUGAGAGCCCCGUCUCGUCUCAUUGCCAUUAGUAGCACUCAAUAUAGUCUAGCGAAUGAGUAUCAGCCACGCGUAACCCCGUGAAACAACUUCAAACGGCUUGUGGUGGAAUUGGGGCAGGAAACGAAAAGCAGCUUCCUUCUCAUUUCUUUCUGCGGUCCAUCCCCAACAGGGACGCGCUUAAGCAAUCCAUCCCUUCCCGGCUUCUCUAAAAUCAAUAUCUGCUCAAUCGAAAACCCUAAUUUCCCCCAUCCCUCAACCCUGCCCGAUCCAUCAAUUUUUCGGUUCUUACACUACGAUUUUGCAGGUUUGCGAAUUACGAUCUUCGCUCAUCUUUUUCUGCUCGGUCUUUCCCUUCGUGUUGUGGGUUUUUUUUAUUUUCGAUCGAUCAGAAUCGUUCUAUGCUUGGGAUGAUUGCGGAUUUUCAGAAUUAGGGUUUUGAUCAAUCGCGGGUUCUUGAUUUUUGGGCUUGAUUUGGCAGAUCAGGGCAGGAGGGAUUUACUUCGAUAUAGUUGAAAAAUGUUUACCAGGAUAUUUGGCAAGCCUAAGCAGGAAGGCAAUGCCCUGGCCACCUUGGAUAAACUGAAUGAGACACUUGAAAUGCUCGAGAAAAAGGAGAAAGUGCUUCUCAAAAAAGCUUCUCAAGAAGUUGAAAAGGCCAGAGAAUUUGCACGAGGAGGAAACAAAAGGGCUGCCCUCCAGUGCUUGAAAAGGAAGAAGUUGUAUGAACAGCAAGUAGAACAGCUGGGGAAUUUCCAAUUGAGGAUUCAUGAUCAGAUGAUAAUGUUAGAGGGUGCAAAAGCCACUACUGAAACUGUAGAUGCAUUGAGAACCGGAGCAGCUGCAAUGAAGGCGAUGCAAAAAGCAACAAAUAUUGAUGACGUGGACAAGACCAUGGAUGAAAUCAAUGAACAAACCGAGAAUAUGAAACAGAUCCAAGAAGCAUUGUCAACUCCAAUUGGUUCUGCAGCUGAUUUCGAUGAAGAUGAAUUGGAGGCAGAACUUGAAGAGUUGGAAGGUGCUGAGUUGGAAGAGCAACUUCUACAACCUGCAACCACAGCUCCUGCAGCUCCAGUCCACGUGCCUGCAGGAAAACAACCUGUUCGUCCUCUUCCUCAAAGGAAGAACACCAAGGAGGAAGACGAACUUGCUGCCUUACAGGAAGAAAUGGCGCUCUAAAGCAGGUUCUUAGUUCUUACCCAUCGCUCCCUCUGUUGGAUUGCACAUACUGGUAUUUGGUUGAGUGUAUGUGCACAAGUGUUAUUUACAACAUAAUGAUUGGACAAAUAUAUAUCGUCUUUCUUAGACACCUUUUUUUUUAUUAUGUAUUUAGCUCUGUAAGUCACUUGCCACAAAUUUGUGUUCUUUUCUGGCACAAUUUUCCUUGCAAAUUUCCUUCACCAAAUCGUUUUUUUGCAAAUAUAUGUCGUAUAUCUACAUGUAAAAUAAAUAGCAUGCAAACACACUCUUAUAAGUUUAAGCGAAUCAGCUGGUAGUGAUUUGCGGGGAUUGACCUCUGUUGGUUCUAUUUAUUGUAUGCAGGGAGCUAGCUGCCUGUGGAACACGGUAGAGAACUCUUUGGAAGAUGGGUCAUUUCUGUAUCAUGGAUUUCUCCUUCAAACUCUCCAUUUCACGCAUCUUGUGUGUGGCAUUGAACGGUGGACCCUUGUAUAUAAUGAUCUUGGAAACUUGACAACAAAGUUCUUGAUAAAUUCGCAAUGCUCUCUUUAUCUCUUUGUGAGCUUUUGAUCAUGCUUCCCCAUAUUUUCUUCACUUCUCGGUUUAUGUUCCGCCUCAGACUCAGUCCUCCUGUACUGUGAUCAUCGGAUGUGUAUCAUUGAUAACAUUAAUACCAACUGGGUAGCCUUGCAUUGUCAUUUAGGUCAGUACUUGAAGUGAAUGAUGAAUAUAUAGCAAUUUCUGCUUUAUGGCUUUAUUUGUAGUCUUGGGUGUAUCUACCUGAGGUUUAGCAUGGAAAGAUGGUCGAUAUCAAUUCAAUAAAGCCAAAAAAAAAAAAAAAAACCCUGCAUCAGAAGCAAGGUAGCACUGUAAGCCUGACCAACUGGCCUCAAAUUCCACCGAUUUCGACUACAAUGUUGUUUGCUUUAAAUCUCGUACUUGAACAAGUUCUCAAGCUACUUUGCUGCUUGGGGGAAGUUUCUUUGAACACCAUUACCUCAAUGUGAAUAUUUUGUCUGCCAUCUUUGAAGCAUGAUUAUAGCAACCAAGAUUAAGGUAUCUUUGACUAUGAGGUGAAAGUACUUGUUCAUUAUUUGCAGCUGCAUUGGCGACAUCAAUAGCUUCCUCUGCAAAAUUCAAAACCAACAGAUGUUUUCUUUUUGGUAAAAGACAGACGCAUGAGGUGUCUUGGCUCAUAUUAGGAAUACGAUGUUCUUGAGAAAUUCUCAUUACAUCAAACAAGAUCCAGUGCGGGAGUCCCGGAUAGUGCACACCGAUCGGAUGUGCAUCAAAAGAAAGACUAUGACCCAUAUUGGCCAGGAAGUCAGCUGCACUAUUACAUUCUCUAUAAAUAUGCAUAAUGUUC